AACCUUUGUAGUUGUUCAAUGUGAGAAGCCAGUAACACUUAAUCUAAUGUCCUCUAAAUUUAGUGUAAAUAUUUGCUGUAUGGCAUUGUCAUGUGCCAUGAUAUGGGACAAUACUUGCUGUUUGUUUUCAUUUUGUUGGCCAAACAAGAUUUCAUUUACUUCUGAUGAAUUUCAUAGAAUUUUGUUCAAUGGAGCAUAUCUAAAUUACUAAAAGAAAGGAGUUGAGUCCUAUUCCCAUAAUUAGUUUCUACUGUCCUUUUUCAUUGUCCUUUGUCUCAUUGUAUGAUAAAUGACCUUGCAAAUAGUUAAUAAUAAAGAUCCUAAAUUGCUGUAGGAUAUGAGUUCCGCUGCUACACAUUGUUCGGUGAACAGAUAUUAAUUUUCUGUUCUGUUUAAAAGGUCUCAGUUCUUCAGUGGAUCUAAAGUAAGCCAGUGAUCUUUAAAGUGGGCUGUUUCACCUUGUUCAUAAAAAAAUGGUGUUUCUUGGGUUGUUUUCAAACAAUCCAGAAAGACUAGAAAGAAGCACAGCUUCUUUCGGUGUAUUGCAUUUUUGCUUUGCGUUAAUUGGACUGCAGAAGUUGAUGGAUCGGGAAUUUUCCUGCCCAUGUUCUCCUGGGUUUAACAUGACACUGAUCAGCUUCAUCUUUCUUGGACCUGUUUUUCUGGCUCUGGCUGUGAUGAUAUUCAUUCAAAGGCCUUGCAGACGGUCAUCUUCUCAUUGUGCUGGGCUCUUUUUACUUUGUCUGAUUCCACCUUCAUUGUGGGUCUUUCUGUUGUUGUUUGAGGGGGAAUAUGUCGCUUGUGGCAUGGUACACUGGGAAGGAGAUUACAUCUUGGAUGAAGAACUCCAGAUAAAAUGGUGCAAACCCACUGGACUGAAGGACGCUGGAGUGAACGCAACAGACCUGCGAGAACUGACCGAAAAACUCAUUUUCUACUCAAGGUUUUCAGCUUUAGUUCUGCUCGUAUCCCUCAGCGUUGUUGUCAUUGCUGCUGUAAGCUGUUGGGAUUGUAGAACAAGAUGUCUGGAACAUCAGGAAAAGCAGGAUAAACUAAAACAACUAUCAGAGUUAUCCGUCGUCUACGGCUCAGAGGUUGAACUGCAGCGGUCUGUCUGAACUCAUCAGGGUGAUCUACAUACAAAUGCACAUAGAUUAAU